ACCAAACUGCAGAGAGACAAAGUCUGCAGCAAACUGAGUUCGACAAAUGUGUCAAACCAUAAACGCCAGAUCUGUAUCCUUAAACAUGAAAUCAACAGAUCAGUGUUUAUUCACAUUUUUAUUCACUCUAUCACUUAAAUUUGCUGUGUUAUGUCAGAUUCUGUAACUUGUUGUCACAUUACUUUGAUCUCAUUAUAUUACCUUCCAGGCCAAUGGCUGCCAAUCCCUUUAGAGGAUUAUCAGGAUAAGAUGUCAUACCCAGUGCUGAACACACACAUACACACACACAUACAGAGUCUCCUGGCUGUCCUGAUGCUUUUCCAUUGACGUGAAUUCAGAGCUGAGACGCACAGGUCAACAGGAAGUUGCUAUGGAUAAAAGUCAACAAUAACCAAGGAGGGCGAAUUACUGAAUGUUCACGAUGGAGGUGCAAUCCAUUUUACUGAUUUUAGUCUUGCUUAGUGGCUGGUGUAUCCGACCUGUCACUGGUGACUUUGUGUCCUCUGAUGAACACCCAGAUGUUGGACAUGAUGAGGAUGUACAUCCCAACACAUUCACUGAAACAAAUGCUGAUGUACUAGACAUGAACACUGAAACAAAACAUAUACCUGAAGAAAACGAGGAAACAAACUGGGACGAACCGGACAUAAACAAGGACAACUAUGAGGACGCUGACUGGCAUCCUCCUAACUCCUUUCUUGAAACACACUCCGACCUCCAACCUGACGUCCCACCAGUAAUACGCAGCAGCAUCAGUGCUACUGAUGUUGGCACUGACCAAUCCCCCAACCAGACUACUGGGAGUUCAGCUAAACAGUGUGGCGAGUACAGCAGCCAGCUGACUUCUAAUGGCCAGUGCCGGCUGGUGGCAACACUGCCUCCAGUGGGAAAGAAGCAAAAACGUUGCCCAGAUAUGUUUCGCUGUACAGAUGAUGUUUCCUACUGGCUCUAUGAGAACCGGAACAGAAAGGAGCAGCUGGAGGAGCUGAGGGAGACAACAUCGGAACAGCAAGAGGAGCUGAGGAACCACUGGCAUCGAGUCAAGGCCCUGGAGAUGCAGAGUGAAGAAAGUGUUAGUUUGAACUCAACCUUUGAGCAGCGGUUGCGUUCUCUGGAGUUGCGAUACGCCGAGGCCGACACCCUGCUCCACAUGCAUUCGGCGCUGCUGCACAAGAUGCAAGCACAGCUCGACAACCUGUCAGCCACAGUGGAGAGCAUGAGCCGAAACACGGGCUGCAUGAUCAAAGUCAUCCGAACUACACCGCCGCUCAGCAUGCGAGACACACUGGCAUCAGACGGACAGUACCUGUCUUUCUGUCCAUCAGACUGUGCAUCUCUGUAUCACAAUGGUGUUCGCCGUUCUGGUGUUUACACCAUAAUCCUGUCGCCAGGCGCCACCCUGCCCGUCUACUGUGACAUGGAGACCGAGGGUGGCGGCUGGACGGUGUUCCAGCGGCGGCGCGAUGGCUCGGUGAGUUUUAACCGGGGCUGGUCGGAGUACCGCGAGGGUUUCGGCGAGCCGCGAGGAGAACACUGGCUGGGCAACCAACAGCUCCAUCUGCUGUCCAACCAGGGCCACUACAGCCUCCGCAUAGACCUGCAAGACUGGAGCCAUAUCCACAGACACGCCCUGUACCACAGCUUCAGGAUAGAGAAUGAGGAGAACCAGUACCGCCUCCAUGUGUCUGGUUUCAGUGGGACGGUGGAGGAUUCAUUCGGUUGGUAUCAUGACCAGCAGGGCUUCAGCACGCCGGACACUGGAAACAUCUGCGCUGAGAUCAGCCACGCCGGCUGGUGGUUUCACCAGUGUUUCUAUGCCAACCUCAACGGUAUCUAUUACAAGGGAGGGCGCUACUCUCUGAGGACUCAGAACCUACUUGGACCGGACGGCAUCGUCUGGUUCUCCUGGAAGGAUUCAGACUUCUACUCUCUGAAGGCGGUCAAAAUGAUGAUACGACCACGCAACUUCAGGCCACGCCUGUCGCCAUAGUGAUGGAGUGCUUGUCAUAAAGCUAUGUUCAUAACACACCAUCAUUUGUGUUAGACCUUGGAAAGUUUGACAUAUGGGAGGCACCACAGGACAGAUGAAGCAGAAACAAACCACGUUUCACGUCUGUAUUAACAACAAUCAACACAAGAUGGCCACUUCUAAUUUCAGGAACUGCUCAUUCUGUUUAACAGCUAUUCAGUAUCGUCUGUGAAGCAUUUGGAAAGCUAAUGCCAAAUUUUAGUGGUUUCACAGCGCAGAAGCUUGUUGAGAGAGAAAGCCAGUGGACCCAGAAAAGAUCCCUGUGGCACACCAGAACACACACUACAGUAUUCUGGGUAUAUAUUGAUGUGAUGGAGAUCAUUAGUGUAUAAUAUGUACAAAAAACCUGAUUAUCAAAGCAUACGCAGAUUUUACAGCCAGUAUUUAGUUGUUUUUCAUUCUGCUUAUAUCUUCCAGUUCAAGCUUAGCUACUCAAACGUGUCUAUAUUUUGUAUUUGAGAAGUGUAAAAACUUGGUUAGAGCACAUUUUUGAAUACAAAUGUUUUACACAAUCUGAAUCAUGUGACACAAUCGCGUUAAUUACUUUCUAACUUACAAUGAACUUCCGUGUAGUUACAUGAUUGGGCAGGUAAUAAAAUGAUGUCCUAAUGUUUGUUAAUUUGUUUGUGUUAAUUAUGCUUGAAAGACGUUUACCAGUCAUGGUCAACUUUUCAUUUACCUUUAUCCAUUUAACUUUUUUUUUUUUACAGAAUGUAAUGAGGACUUUCUUUUGAAUGAUCAACCUGUA